UCCGGGGCAAAGCGCGUUGCGCAUGUGCAGCCGCAGCUCCAGGUUGCUCGAUCACGUGGUUGAUUCAAAAUGGCAGCGCCCUACUCGACCUUCCGCAGAUUGUUGUUGCUAAGGCGCCUCGCUCCAGUUCGAGUGGCGGCCGCACCCCCCCGGAGAGGCUACGGCGCGCGCGUAUCCGAGAGCGGUGAGAGCGUGACGCACACGGGACAGGUUUAUGAAGAAAAUGACUACAGGAAGGUUCGAUUUGUUGCUCGACAGAAGGAGGUAAAACACAUAGUAGCUAGACUCUUCAGGAUAUGAUUUUAAUUUUCUUGAGUAAUGAUGCCUUAAAUAUUUAGGUUUAUCAAAAUAAAUAGCUUUAAUGUC